AUCGCAUCUAUCUGGAAGAAACAGUGAAUGUUGACUUUCUUUUGUCCUGUGAUACUGCAGCAAGGUAUAACGCUAAUACCAUAUCGUAAGCGUCAUAGUCUAAGCUUACACUGAGCAGACAACCUUUGGAAUCUUUCAGCGCCACUUCCCUAGACACGUAUAUCCCACCCUUUCGAUAUCCGAAAUCAAUCAUCAUCUCGAGUGUUUGUCUGGUAUCAAAAUAAUCGGACCCAUGUCGUUCAACACAGCAGCACCGCCAGAGACCAUGGAGUACCGGUCACAACCUCAGCAUGACUCAACAGCAAACAACACCGCUGCGGUGGACGAGAACGAGAAGCCAGUCUUCUUUUUCGACAUCGACAACUGCCUCUAUCCCAAGAGCCUUGAAAUUCACCGGAUGAUGGCUGAGUUGAUCGACCAAUUCUUCCAGAAUCACCUUAGCUUGUCCCAAGAAGACGCCAAUGAACUCCACUACCGCUAUUACCGUGAAUACGGUCUCGCGAUUGAAGGGCUCGUCCGACACCACAAAGUCAAUGCACUGGAGUACAACAGCAAAGUCGACGACGCGCUACCACUAGAAGACGUUAUCAAGCCCAACCCCGAAUUGCGCAAAUUGAUCGAGGAUAUCGACACAAGCAAGUGCCGCUUAUGGCUCUUUACCAACGCCUAUAUCACCCAUGGCAAGCGCGUCGUCAAGCUUCUGCAGAUUGACGAUCUCUUCGAGGGUAUCACUUUCUGCGACUAUGGCUCAGACAAGUUCUACUGCAAGCCACAUGUGGAGAUGUACGACAAGGCGAUGGCGGAGGCUGGCAUCAAGUCGAACGAGAAGUGUUACUUCGUCGACGACUCGUACAUCAACUGCAAGGCAGCAGAGGGACGUGGAUGGAAGACGGCGCAUCUGCUUGACGAGAAAGAUCCCGCACCUGCUCAGCCAGCCAGCAAGUACCAGAUCAGAAGCUUACAGGAGCUACGGAAGGUCUUUCCAGAGGUGUUCAAAAGUUCGUGAGAAGCUGCAUAGACCCAAUUGAUUGGGUUAAGCGAUAGACUGGGGUCCGCACGGUCACAUCAUACGUACUUGCAGAUCUCCACGACAAUGAUGAUUACGACUAGACGAUAGACUAGACUUGAAGAAAUAUAGAAGGUCAGGAAAUCUAGACGAACUGUUUGGUAUGA